UCAGGGGCGGGGCUCCUGCAGAGCAUCCCUGCGAACCUAGGCGAGACUGGAACCGCUCUUUGUUCUGGUUGCUGCUUUCUAGACCCUCUGGCCCCUGGGUCCGUUCCUCGCCUUCCCGCUCUCUCCUCCCGCCUGUCCCCUGCAUCUGGGCCUGCAUCCCCUUCCCCAACUUCUUCGUCCUAUAUCCUGCCCUCACCCCUCCCCCAAACUUCUGGUCGGUGCCCUUGCCUGUUACCCUUCUCUCCACCCUCCCUCUUGCAUCAUCUUCCCCCUGGUCCCCUCUUGGUUCCUCCUUUUCCCAAGGUCUGGGUCGCUCCGCCCGGCCCCGCCUCUCCAGGGAUGUCCCCUGAAACCCCGUGCCCAUGGUCCUGACGCUGCUUCUCUCCGCCUACAAGCUGUGCCGCUUCUUCGCCAUGUCGGGCCCACGGUCGGGCGCCGAGCGGCUAGCGGUGCCGGGGCCGGACGGGAGCGGCUGCGCUGGGCCGUGGUGGGCGGCGGGCAGCCGCGGGCCCCGCGAGGUGUCGCCAGGGGCGAGCACCGAGGUGCAGGGCGCCCUGGAGCGCGCGCUGCCCGAGCUGCAGCAGGCGCUGUCGGCUCUGAAGCAGGCGGGCGGCGUGCGGGCCGUGGGAGCCAGCCUAGCCGAGGUCUUCCAGCUGGUGGAGGAGGCCUGGCUGCUACCAGCCAUGGGCCGCGAGGUAGCCCAGGGUCUGUGCGACGCCAUCCGCCUGGACGGUGGUCUGGACCUGCUGCUGCGCCUGCUCCAGGCGCCGGAGCUGGAGACGCGCGUGCAGGCUGCCCGCCUGCUGGAGCAGAUCCUGGUGGCAGAGAACCGAGACCGAGUGGCGCGCAUCGGACUGGGCGUGAUCCUGAACCUGGCAAAAGAGCGGGAGCCGGUGGAGCUGGCGCGGAGCGUGGCCGGCAUUUUGGAGCACAUGUUCAAGCACUCGGAGGAGACGUGCCAGCGGCUGGUGGCGGCCGGCGGUCUGGACGCGGUGCUGUACUGGUGCCGCCGCACCGACCCACCGCUGCUCCGCCACUGCGCGCUGGCGCUGGCCAACUGCGCGCUGCACGGGGGCCAGGCGGCGCAGAGGCGCAUGGUGGAGAAGCGCGCCGCCGAGUGGCUCUUCCCGCUCGCCUUCUCCGAGGACGAGAUGCUCCGACUGCACGCCUGCCUCGCCGUGGCGGUGCUGGCCACCAACAAGGAGGUGGAACGCGAGGUGGAGCGCUCGGGCACGCUGGCCCUCGUGGAGCCGCUAGUGGCCUCACUGGACCCUGGCCGCUUCGCCCGCUGCCUGGUGGACGCCAGUGACACCAGCCAGGGCCGCGGGCCUGACGACCUGCAGCGCCUUGUGCCGCUGCUUGACUCGUCGCGCUUGGAGGCGCAGUGCAUCGGGGCUUUCUAUCUCUGUGCCGAGGCUGCCAUCAAGAGUCUGCAGGGCAAGACCAAGGUAUUCAGCGACAUAGGUGCUAUCCAGAGCCUGAAACGCCUCGUCUCCUACUCCACUAACGGUACCACGUCGGCGCUGGCGAAGCGCGCGCUGCGCCUGCUAGGCGAGGAGGUGCCGCGGCCCAUCCUGCCCAGCGUGGCCAGCUGGAAGGAAGCCGAGGUCCAGACAUGGCUGCAGCAGAUCGGCUUCUCCCAGUACUGCGAGAGCUUCCGGGAGCAGCAGGUGGAUGGAGACCUGCUUCUGCGGCUCACGGAUGAGGAACUCCAGACCGACCUGGGCAUGAAGUCAGGCCUCACCCGCAAGAGAUUCUUUAGGGAGCUCACGGAGCUCAAGACCUUCGCCAACUACGCUACAUGCGACCGCAGCAACCUGGCUGACUGGCUGGGCAGCCUGGACCCGCGCUUCCGUCAAUACACAUAUGGCCUGGUCAGCUGCGGCCUGGACCGCUCCCUGCUGCACCGAGUGUCGGAGCAGCAGCUCCUGGAGGACUGCGGCAUCCACCUGGGCGUACACCGCGCCCGCAUCCUCACGGCCGCCAGAGAAAUGCUACACUCCCCGCUGCCCUGCACCGGCUGCAAGCCCUGCGGGGACACUCCAGACGUCUUCAUCAGCUACCGCCGGAACUCGGGCUCCCAGCUCGCCAGCCUCCUGAAGGUGCACCUGCAGCUGCACGGCUUCAGUGUCUUCAUUGAUGUGGAGAAGCUGGAAGCGGGCAAGUUCGAGGACAAGCUCAUUCAGAGUAUCAUGGGUGCCCGCAAUUUUGUGCUGGUUUUGUCGGCUGGGGCUCUGGACAAGUGCAUGCAGGACCACGACUGCAAGGACUGGGUGCACAAGGAGAUUGUGACUGCUUUGAACUGUGGCAAGAACAUCGUGCCCGUCAUUGAUGGAUUCCAGUGGCCAGAGCCCCAGGCCCUGCCCGAGGACAUGCAGGCUGUGCUCGCCUUCAAUGGCAUCAAGUGGUCCCACGAGUACCAGGAGGCCACCAUCGAGAAGAUCAUCCGCUUCCUGCAGGGCCGCGCCUCCCGGGACUCAUCUGCGGGCUCUGACACCAGUUUGGAGGGUGCUGCACCCCUGGGCCCCGCUUAACCAGUCCCUAAUUCCCAAGCCCUGCCGUGACCCCCCAUUUCCACCAUCCCCCCCAAUGGAACAGCUCCUCAAACCGGCUUCCCUGGGCUGAGACAGCCUGGGCUCUUCUCAGGAAAUGGCUCUCUGCCUCCCCCGACCCUCAGCGUCCACCUCCAACCCAGCUUCCUCAGUAUCUGGAAAGGGAAGGGAAGCCAGGCAUUGGGGGUGCUAAGACCUCCCCUAGCCCCUGCCCCCAGGUCCUGUCUCGGGCGUGGGAGGGUCAUUGCUCAGCUCUGGAGACUGGAGAAUGAGGGUGUGCUGCACGCUAACCCCUCUGCUGCCCUGCCAACAGCCAGCCUGAGUAGAGUGAAGGCAGGCAGCCUCGGGCAGGGCUCAGUGCAAUGCCCAACCCUCACCACCAAGCAAGGGCUUGGGCCCGGGAGCCAGCUAGGGAUGAGAGGCUAGCCACGGCUCUCCACCGAGACUGCGUCUGGCCCCUGGGCUCACCACUUCCUGCCAUCCUGUGGCCUUGCCCUGUAACCACUCAGUGCCCUUAGCUGGCCUGGUCUGGUCCCAGGUCCACUCCCAGCCUUUCUGAUGUGCAUCCUCCUUUGCCACAUCUGGGGUCAGGGUGAGACUGAGCCGGCCCUCACUCUGGCUGGUCUGCAGCCGCGGCCUGCGCUCACCGGUGCACGGGAGCCCCCUGCUUGAGGCUGAGCAGGGGACGCUGCCUCUCGAAGAGCAGCUAGCCACCCUACCUGGCCUUGGUGCUGUGUGCCACGCC